AUGAACUCCCAACACAUUCGUGAGACACUGCGCGCUCUGCCCCGUCCGACGACAAGCGCAUCGGUUGCUCUUCGCCCUUGUACCCGAACGGAGAUUUCGCGCUUCUACGCUACGCAAAGUGACUUCGGCAGUGGCCCUCGUCCGAAGAGGAGGAAUAUCACCGUUUUGUCGGACGAUGGACGUUACGAGUGGGCUGAGCUGAGCGGGCGUGAGAAGAUUUCACGGGCCACCCAACAGUCUUUCAACGUUAUAGUGGUUUUGGCCGGUGUGGUGUUAACGGUGCGUCCAGUUCAAGAAAUAAAGCGCCAUGAGCAACAUGAGCAUGCUGACCGCAAUGUGCAGGGCGGCGUCUUUACACUCUUGUACCAAGAGAUCCUCUCGCCAAAUAGCAGAACCUGGCAAUUCGAAAAAGCCGUCGAGCGCGUUAAGAAUGAUCCUCGAUGCACAGACCUAUUGGGAGACCGGAGGGAAAUUAAGGCUUUUGGGGAGCAGACUUCUAGUCGAUGGGCAAGCAAUAGACCAAUUGCCUCAUCUACAGAAAAGGACCGCUUAGGCCGCGAACACCUGCGAAUGAGUUUCCAUGUUGAGGGCCCUCUGAAUUCAGGCGUUGUAUUUGUGCAUAUGAUCAAACCUCUCGACAAAAGUGAGUGGGAAUACCAGCUCCUUGCGCUUGAUGUGAAGGGGCACUCCCGCAUUGUAUUAGAGAAAGCUACGGAGAGGACAAGCGUUGCCAGCUCUCUCAAGCUCUUCGGUAUUCAAUGGCGGUGA